AUGGCGGACCAAUCACUAAGAUUUCCUGAAGGCAUGGUUAAGGACGUCAUGCAUCUACUAAAAUUCAGGCGUGAGGACCUUAGCACUGCUGAUCUUCUUAACUUGAAUAUGGUGCUAGUUAAGUUCCCUGAUGAAGACCAUACCUUGAGUAAAGAAGCCAAGUCUAGGGAACAGAAAAGGCAUGCAAGUAGUUUACUUGUACUUGCGGCGAACAAUAGCUUCAGAAGUCUAGCUGCAGAGGGAACAGUUGACAGUGACGUGCCUACCAGUUAUCUAGGAUUGGGUACAGAGUCAGAGUAUGUAAAUGCACAGAUGAGACUGAGACACAGCCUAGAAUUAUGUGAAAGUAGUCACAGUAGCAGCACCUCUUCAGGUACAAGAUUAGAUGGUGCACAAUCCGAGACCAGUAAUGGAUGCAAUAGUGACAGCAGCAAGAGCGUUAAUCUAUCUUGUAUGAGAUCCUUCGGACUGGCAUUUGAUGGUCAAGUGGACUAUGACGAGAGUGAGUUAGAAUUUCAGAGGCUUAUGUCAAUUGACAUAUUUGACAACAAUGAACUCAAUUGUGAUCUUGACGGUCAGAUUGAUCCUGAGGAUCACGAUGAAUUUGGUUACAGGAUUACUGUUUCAGAAAAUGUUGCUGAUAUUGUUCACCCACAAAUGUUGGGUUUGGAUGGAAAGGCUUAUAGUCAUCACACUACCGGAGAGCCGGCCUUUGCCGUGUGCCCGAAACACACGGCGAACAGAGAGCUGUGUAUCAUUGCAUUACCUCCAGAUGCUAUUUACGAGCUGGAGAACACCAAGUGCAAAGGCAUAAUUCCUUGGCUACUUAAUGCUCUGAACACAAUAUGGACCCAACCAGAUUGGUUGAGUACAUAUCUCUCUAAUGGAUUUGGGCUAUCAUGUCUGUUUUCUGAUGCUGAUUUCUUGAAGAUUGUUUACAAUGUUGUGAAGUUCUGUGAGGAUGAGCUUGAAAGAUGCAUAGAAGGAGGACUUACUGAGAUGCAGUCUUAUGAUACUUCCUCUGUGUCCCUUCACUUGUUCCUUCCUUUGCUGCUGCAGUUACUUCGAUGCAUACAUGCUCUCUGGAAAGGCCAAAUUGCUUGCAAUUUAUCUGAAAAACUUGAAAAAGCAAAAACUUUGUGGAAUGGUGAGGAAGAUUCUCAACAGGACGAGACAAAGAAAUUGUUAGAGCAGAUCAGAGAGAGUGGGUACAAAAUUAUAGGUCUAUCUAUGUCUGUUGAGGGAGCAUUUGAUUAUAUUUUGCAUUGUUCAUAUUUAAGUGUUGUUUUUGUCGAUCUAGGUUCUAUGGAGUUUAGGCAUUUAGGCAAACUUAUCCAUCAAGUUUUUCUUCCAUUGAUCAAAUAUUGCCCUGUCAAAUACUGGAAGGAAUGGAUGUUGAAUCUCCUGGGACCCUUACUUAGGCACUGUGAGGAUGUACUAUACUAUGCUUGGUUCAGUCUUUUACAUGAAGGUCGAGCUAAAGUCCCUCAUUACUUUGGCAAAGUUUCUGAAUCGGCAGAAAACAUUGAGAAGUUGGAACAGGCUAUCUUGCUUCAAUUCACACGUGAUGUUUCUCAUAUUUUUGAAAGUGUAUCUUCCCCAGAGUUAAACAGUGAUCUCCUACAUGAAUAUUUUGAAGAUGCCAAUGACAAAAAGAUGACUAUCCAAGAUUUGGGACCAUCAGCAUCAAAUUCUCUAAUUAAGUAUAAAAAUGAUCUGUUUAGCUUAAUUUCAGUUGCAUUUACUUUUAGUAAACAGACAUAG